ACUCACUGCUCUCUAUCUGACAUUUGCAUUCUGUACACUUUGCAUCGACUCGGCCAAUUUGCAUGACUGUAAUACAUAUUACGAUAUCAUAUUUGGAUGUGUUGACCACGAGAGUCUCGAAGGCCGGAAAUGGAAGUAUGACAUCGGGUAGAUUGCCAGAGCUUCGCCCCAUCCCCAUUGCUGCCCCAAAGUCUCUUCUCUCUUUUCGUCACCGCCAUGGUCAAGGCAGUAGCCGAACACCCUCGCACCUACGAUGCUGCCAUGCUCUUCUGGCGCAUCGUUACCCAAAUAUUCUUUCGCGAGAUCCGACCCCGGGGUGCAUUCAAUAUACCACGUUCAGGGCCUGUAAUAUUCGUUGGGGCACCUCAUAGUAACCAGUUUCUCGAUCCCCUUCUAUUGAGUCUCGAAGUCUACAAGGAGACACAUCGUCAUGUACAAUUUCUUACGGCAGCAAAGAGUAUGAAAAGGAAGGCGGUCGGCUUUUUCAGUCGGAUGAUGGAAAGUAUCCCCGUCGCCCGCGCUGCCGAUUCUGCCAGCCCUGGUACUGGCAAACUGCGAAUCUCUCCUGAUGAUCCAUGCAUUGUAUUGGGCGACGGAACUCGGUUCCUAUCCGAACUGUCGCCAAAGAUGCAAAUCAUGCUUCCCAAAUCCGUCAACUCGUUGGUCGCCGAAGUUGUAGAAAUCAUAUCCGAUACAGAGUUGAAAGUGAAACGCGAAUUUGGUGGUGAGAAGGGAACAGCAAAGACCCGAGACAAAAUUGCCGAACUCGAGGCUGCAGGAGAAAAGGGAGGACUUCCAUUCAAAAAGCUCCCUUUUGUGGACCAGCAAGAAAUGUACCGAUAUGUUUAUGAGUGCCUACAAAACAACGGGAGCAUUGGUAUCUUCCCUGAAGGUGGUAGUCACGAUCGAACGGAUUUACUCCCGUUGAAGGCUGGUGUCUCUAUAAUGGCUCUAGGCGCGAUGGCGAACAAUCCCAACGUUCGAGUGAAAAUAGUUCCUGUAGGAUUAUCCUACUUCCAUGCUCAUCGUUUCCGCUCCCGCGCAGUCGUGGAAUUUGGCAGCGCUCUAGAUGUCCCCGAAGAAUUAGUGAAGAUGUUUAAACAAGGAGGCACCCAGAAACGCGAAGCGGUUGCUAAAUUUCUAGACCUCGUUUAUGACGCACUCAAAACUGUCACCGUUCGGGCCCCUGAUUAUGAUACGCUCAUGUUGAUUCAAGCGGCACGGAGACUGUAUAAAACACCAGGUCAACACUUGACGUUAGGUCAAGUUGUCGAAUUAAACAGGCGACUGUUAGAAGGAUACACCCAUUUUAAGGAUGAACCUCGAGUAGUGAAACUUCGGAAAGACGUAUUGAAGUACAACCGCCUUCUUCGAGAUCUUGGUCUCAGAGAUCAUCAGGUUCCCCGCGCGGUUAAGGCUAGCUGGGCGACCUUAGGCCUUCUAGGAUAUCGGAUUGCUCUUCUUUUAGUUUGGAGUAUUUUGGCACUGCCGGGGACAAUACUGAAUGGCCCAAUGUUCAUCAUUGCGUCUGUUCUUUCUCGAAAGAAAGCUAAAGAGGCUUUAGCUGAAUCCGUCGUCAAAAUUGCUGCUCGUGACGUGUUAGCGACCUGGAAGGUAUUAAUAUCUCUAGGUGUUGCCCCUUUAUUGUACGGUUUCUACGCGUUUGCUGCCACGCUUUGGUCCAUCCGCGCCAAUCUCCCCCUCAAAUGGAGAAUAGCCACACCUUUUAUUAUGAUUUUGUCCCUGCCAUUCAUGAAUUUUGCAGCUCUGAAAUUUGGCGAGGCUGGGAUGGAUGUUCUGAAAUCUUUGAGGCCGCUGAUUGUAGCACUUGUCCCUGGCCAACAACGAUCGCUCGACAAGUUGAAAGCUAUGCGUACUCAGUUGUCAAACGAAGUAGUGGAUGUUAUCAAUGAUUUCGGACCCAAACUGUAUGAAGAUUUCAACGAGAUACGAAUGUUGCCCACCUCGAGUGUACCUUCUUCUAGUGGGAAACCUGGUCUGUGGAGAAGAACAAGUAGUACUGGCGCUGUCGAUGCUCAAGGUCUGGGUCUCAUUCAUCCCAUGACAUGGAUCGAUGAACGCCUCUUCGGAUGGAGUCGGAGUGCUCGUCGUGGAACCAGUGCUUGGAGCGGAAGCGAUGAAAUUAGUAGAGUUGGCACUCCCGAAGACUCGGACGAAGAAGAUGCCGGUGACUACGACAAUGUCCUCGGUUACCUGCCAGGGCAAGAUGAUUUGUCUAAUCCAGGCUACAAGGCACGAAGUCGCACCAACUCGUAUGCUGAUCUACAACGGAUGCGGCUGUCCCCUCUGCAACCUAUGGCAGCACCCCCGAAAUUCUACCAAAACGAGACGACAAGCCCUUCAUCCCCGACGACAGAAUUGGAUGGAAUACAUUUCCGUAGGGGCCGUAGGAAUCGCAAGUCCAGUCUAUCAGAUGGCGUUCCGGUCGAGCGCAUUGCUUCUGUCGACCGUGGAGAAAGCUUCAAUGAGGCAACAAGCCAUCUGAACGAUGAGAUACGGCAGAGAAAGGAAGGUGGAUCAGACCACCACGAGUGACUUGUCGCAUCAGGGCCUAGCAGGUUAACUACUUCAAUAAGUAGUACCUUCAUAUCUUUUUUUUUCAACGGAUUUCGCCUUUCACUGUACAGUUUCAUUUGAUUCGUAGAAUUCCAUUCGAGAAUACAUCUCAACUUGUUUGUAGGUUUCUGGGACUUUGGGAUUCCUUCAGUUGAAGUCGCAGUGGGUACAUGCACACUCAGACGGUGAAGAGUACGCACACGACGAGGCAUCGGCUAACUAUAAAUCUAUCCCAGAAUCCCAGAACAUUUUC